GACUAUCGUGCCUUCCCUGCAGCGCAGAUUCAGAUUACGUCGUGGAACGGCAGAGCUCUCCUUCACCACAAGCCAGAGGUUCGGCGCAAGAAGUUCAAGAAGCUCGCUCUGAUGUGCAGACGGCAGGCGAUCAUAUGUCUGCAGGAAGUACACGGCACGUUGGAAGAGCUCAAGCAUCAUUGUUAUCUUCAUCGUAUUCCUGGAGCGGUGCUGGGAUCGGUACCACAGCAUGACUCGGGAGGUGUAGCGAUUAUCAUAUCCCAGAUGCCCCAGAUGGAGGCGGAGGAGGCGAUUCGCGUUGGAAGAUUGAAACGUGAGAUCCUGGUCCAUGGCAGGGCCCACCGUGUCAUGAUUAAGGCGCGAGCUAACGAGCACCGAGCUGACUCCAUGACCAUAGUGUACAACAUCCACAACUUCGGGUUGUCAAGGGAGCAGGUGGACACGAUCUCAGCCAGGAUCUCAGCGGAGUCUUCAGUGGCAGCCCAAAGCCCGUACAGGACGACCGUCCUUGCUGCGGGCGGCUUCAACUACACGGAGACGGCGGCGAUGCACCUUCAUGUCCCAGAGAUUGACAAAGGCAUAUCGGAUCACCCUCCGGUGCAGAUCAGCUUCGCUCACAGGGAUUUGAAGCCAGAGGAGGACCAGCCUGUGCCUGCCUUCAUAUGCAAGCAGCCAGAGUUCAAGUACUUCUUAGACCUGUUGAUGAGCCACUCGGACAUACAUAGGCUGCAGGCGAUUCCCAAGUGGGCGGAGCACAAGAGAUUGCUGAGGGAGGCUGCCCGUCUGACGCGUAACAAGCUCGUGAGCAUGCGCGCGCCUCCGCUGGAG